AGGAGAUUAACAAAAAGGACUUUAUUUGAUAUAGGCCUAAAAUGGCCCCCUAAAAUGAACAUCAUCAUUUUACUGUAAUUCUUUUUUUCUUUGUACAGAUAUAUAAGUGAUGUUUUUACAUUAUGUUCAUUUUGAUUCAAGUGCCCACAUUUAAGAAAUAUGAUGUCAUAAAGACAACCUUUUUCUUCCAUUUUUGCAUUUUUAGCAAAAACAGCUUGUUUUGAAGCAGUUUUUCUUUCAGAAAACAUAGAGCGCAUGCUUGAACAAACAAAAUAUUUUAAUCAGAGAUGUAACUAGCCAAGACUUAUAACAGACAAAAAAAUUGUCUUGUUCAAGCCUGCGCUCUAUAUUUCCCAUUCGUAAAAAGAUAAGAAAAAUGUCAAUUUUUGACUGAUUUUGAUUGACUUAUAGAAAUAGCUUCACUUCUGACGUCAUAUACUGCAAGUAAGUAAAUAAAUCAAAUAAAUAGGUGAAAAAUAUAUUUUAUAUCAACUCUUCUAAAAAAUAACAUAACAUUUUAUUGUUCCAGAAACACUUUAAAAAAUGGCAAAUUAUGGGGGCCAAAUUCAACUCAUAUCAUAUAUAGUUCUUUGUUUUGUCAAUGACCCAGACAAUUGGUAUAUUAAUCAAUUAAAGAUGGAUAAUUGUGGUAGAGUCAGGUAUAUGGCAUUCCUACUAGCUCUGGCUAGUGGGUUAACACUCGAUCGGUAGAGUGCUGGACUGGCGUGCCAGAGGACCUGGGUUCAAACCCCAGCAGAGGCUAAAAGUGUCUCUGCUACAUAAAGAAGGAAAGUAGUCGUUAUAGCUUCCUGAUGCUGUCCAUUAAUUAUGUCCCACUCAAUCACGUGAUGCGUUUCAUCCAAUGACGUAGCGACAUUCUAGUCGAAGGCAAAAGGCAAUGGAUUCAUGUCUAAAUAUUGAAAAGGAAUUUAAGCUUCUCAUUUUCAAAAGCUUACGUUGGCGUUUUUUCUGCUAUCCUUAUUUAAACUUAAAUUAUUGUGAGGAAGAAAUAUAUCUUCUGAGAAAUUAUUAAAUAAUAUUAAUAUUUCCGUGAUUUCAGAAAAUCCUUUUAAACAUUUUAAGUCCCUAUAACCUUUGAGACGUGAUAUCUAACAUGUGUAAUAAUUCCGAAUUAGUGAGAAUCGAGUGACAUGGGAAACAUCUCGAUCCUUGGACGAGGAAGACGGAAGGAUUCCCUCAACACUACCCACGUGAUCACGUCAUUGUAAACAAUGAGCGGACGCUUUCUGUUGUAUGGAACUGACGAGAGAGGUGACCUGACUUGUUGAUAUCACGAUCUCUUCUCAGCAGGACUAACAGACAGACCGUGUAUGAAAAAUGUACCCACUAAAAUAAAGUACAAAUGGCGCUGUCGAAGCAGGUUGCCGUGGAAAAGUGCUGCGACUUCUGUGAAUCGGAUGUGAAUGUCAAGUGGUUCUGCCGGGACUGCAUCAACAAUUUGUGUGAUCAGUGCAGGCGAACCCACACCAGAAUCCCUCUCUGUAAAACCCACGUGAUUCUUCCAAUCAGCGAAACUCAAGCGGCGACUUUAAGACGAACAACCGUUCUUUUCGACUGUCCUGAGCACGCGCAAUCGUGUCAAUUUCAGUGUCGCACGUGCAAUAAACAGAUAUGUGUGUUGUGUCUUACCUCGAGCCACAAUAAGCACGACUUUCUGGCUUUAGAUCAAUACGCCAAGUCCAUACGAGAAAACUUGUAUCUGACGCUGAAUUCAAAGUCCAAAGAAGCACACACCAUCACAGAGACGCUUCUAACACUCUCUACACACAAACAAACUUACGAUGAUUGGAUGAACAAAAAGUUAAGUGAAGUCGACCAAGUGUUCGAGCACCUGGCUGACGAGUUACAACGACUGCGGACAGAAAUACACGAUAAGAUAGAUCAGCGGAAAAACCACGACAUCGUCACGAUGGACCUGCAACACAAACGGGCGUACGAAUUCAGGGAACGACUUCAGUACCAGGUCAAAGUCCUGAGCUCUGAGCUGGACCACUGCAACGAUCACGAUCUAGCCAACCUCAAGCUCAAAAUCGAAACAGAGUGCAACAAACUCCGCGAAAAUCUCACACUGGAUUUGCCGAAAUUUCCGUGUUUAAGACUGAUACGUAAAGAGGAGGAACACAAAGACAUUCUGAUCAAAGUCCUAACAAAGAUUAUGAAGACUGACCUGUUCAGCCUGAAAACAACAACCUCUUUUGACGUCGACAACGAAACGCCAGUCUUCAUGGAGGAUCUACACUUGGACCUAACCAUCAAGUUACCCGGAUGUAAGUAUAUCUGGGCCAUGGCCGGAUGUGACGACGGCAAAAUGUGGGUGGGAACCGAGGACAAAAAGCUACGUCUGGUGGACAAUUUCGGAAACGUAGUAAAGUGUCUUCAGAUGACUCAGAGUGCGGCCCAUCUCGCCGUCCUGACUUCCGGUGAAGUUCUGUGUAGUAACGGAUACGGAAUAGACAGGACAUCGACGAUUCAGAAAGUGUCCUUGAACUUUGACGUCACCACGUUUACCCGCCUUUCUCAGGCUGUUGAGGUGGGUCCUCUGGCUUCUACGAAGCACGGUAACGUUCUUGUCGGCAUUCGGAACUCUAUCGGAAGAGGUGAAGUUCUGUACCUGUCACAUAGUGGCAAAACGAUCAACAAGGUCGCCCAGGUCACCAAGGAGGUCGAAAAGGUGGCCAUAAACGAGGAGGACCAGGUGUUUGUGAAGGACUCCAGCUGUAUCUGGAUCAUGAGUUUAAAGGGCGAGUUCAUCAACCAGAUAGAACUCAAAAACGAAUUGAAGGGAGUUCGGGGCUUCGUGUGUGACCGCUUUAGUAAUCUCGUUUGUUUCCGGUCUGGUGACGUCAGCAGCAUUCGUGUUUAUAGUUCGCACAGUGCACUUCUUAAACAUUUUCGCCUCCAUUUGAAAUCGGGAAAUGACAGGGUAAUAGACAUUGGUGCUAUCGAUGCCAAUGAUUUUAUCUGGCUGAAAGAAGAUGAAACCAUUCACGUAUUGAAGUAUCUAGUCUAAUACUGCGUGUUGAUAACUGCUUAACAAAAUUGCUUAGGUAAUAAAACAAGAAAAUGUU